AUGCUGUCAAGAACAUCACUUUCACUGGCGUCGUCCUCUCGCCUGGCUAGCUGGGCGACCGCCUCCACUUCCCGAGCGGCAGCGGCGCUCAGCACCGCACCUUCACUCUCACGAAGCCUCUCGUCAACACCACUGGCCGCAUCAGGCCGCGAAGGCUCUCGACCUUCGCAUUCGCAGAACCGCGAUCGGGAUGGGUCCGACUAUCGACCACGCAGACGCGACGACGCUUCGCAGCCAAAUCAACGCUCCGGCGGCUCGAACUACGGCAACCCUGUCGCGCAGUUCAGCCGCAAUCAACGGUUCAGUCCGGAUGGCACGCGCAAGCGAUUGCCGCAUCCCAACGCCAAGUCGCGUCCGCCACAGGAUCGCCAGGGUGGCAAUCGGGAGCGAGGUGGGAGGCCGAGAGAUGGUGGCGGGUACACAAGAGGCGGGGAAGAUGCGUCGGCGAUGAAGUUCGGUUCGGCUGAACCAGACGCCCUAGGUAGCGGUGGAGCGGCGAAACGUGAUUCGACGUUGAACCGCAUCAAGGCGCGGAGCUUGGGCGGGGAUGAGGAGGCUGGUGGUUCCGGCCGGUUCGAACCUGUAGAGUCAGAUGACAGCCCCGCACCCUCUCGAUACACCUCGGACGACGCACCCGGCAGACGAAACGACAAGUCGGACCGCCACCACACGGCCAAACACAAGAAGAAAGAGGGUCGCGGCUCACUUCUCGACCACCCGCCAUCCUCUUCAUCCCGCAACCGACGACGCGACGACGACCCCCUCCCUCGCCCGCGCACACCCCCCAAACUCAAACCGAAACUCCUCAAGAUCGAACGCAACAUCUUCCUCCCCCCGCUCAUCUCGGUGAUCCAACUAUGCAUGCGGAUGGAGAAGAAACUCAUCCCCGUGCAACAGGUCAUGACGUCGCUGGGGAUGGAGGAUACGCGACCGGAUCUGAUGCUCAAGUUCUCCGAUGCCGAGAUGAUCGCUGCCCAACUCAACGUUGUGGCCAUUCCGAACGAGGAAGCGUCAUUCGAUCUGUUUCCUCGGCCUGCGCCUACACCGGACGAAGCUGCAGGGUACCCAGUGAGACCACCGGUGGUGAGCAUCAUGGGCCACGUAGAUCAUGGAAAGACCACGUUGCUGGAUCGAUUGCGCAGCACCAGCGUCGCGGCCGGUGAGGCGGGGGGGAUCACCCAGCACAUCGGCGCGUUUAGCGUCCCCAUCUCGUACAGAGAGCAGGAUAAGGGCAAGAAGAAAGGGUAUGCGGGCAUUCAGACCAUCACAUUCCUCGACACGCCGGGACACGCGGCGUUUACGGCGAUGCGCAGCCGUGGAGCGAUGGUCACCGACAUAGUCGUGCUCGUCGUUGCAGCGGAUGACGGGGUGAUGCCUCAAACCAGGGAGGUAAUCUCGCUCGUUCAGGCGGCGAACAAAGACGCGCAAGGGGAGGACGAGAAACCUGUCCAAAUGGUGGUCGCUCUUACCAAGGUGGACAAGCCCGAAGCCGACCCUGAUCGCGUCAAACGCGAACUCCUCUCCGCCGGUGUCGAACUAGAGGAGCUCGGCGGUGACAUUCCGUGCGUCCACGUCUCCGGUAAAACAGGGAAAGGAAUCGAUGAACUCGAAGAAACCCUCGCGGCGCUCGCCGAACUCGCCGAUAUCCGUGCCGACCGAACCGGUCUCCCCGAAGGCUACGUGAUCGAGUCCAAGGUGGACAAAGGUCGGGGCAACGUCGCUACGGUGCUGAUCAAGCGCGGAACACUCGAAAAGGCUGCACCGAUCGUCGCCGGUACGGCGUGGUGCAAGGUGCGACAGAUCAUCCAUUCCUCCGGCAAACCAUUGGCGCGUGGGCUCCCUGGCGAUCCAGUGUUGGUCAGCGGCUGGCGAACGCUGCCCACCGCAGGGGAUCUGUUGUUGGGCGGAACAGACGAGCAGUCGUGCAAACGGGCCUCGGAGAACCGACGCAAGCUGCAGGACGAGAGGCGAUUGAUGGACGACGUGGAGCAGAUCAACGAGGCGAGGCGGGUCAAGGCGGAAGCGGAUGAGGCCGAGGCGAGACGCGAGUUUGAGGAGAGGCAACGACGGCGGGCGGCACGCAUUGCGGCGGAUGAUGGGAAGGAUCCGGCUGCUGUGCUUGCCGCGUUGGACGGGGCUGCCCCCCUCGAAGGGCAGGAUGACGUUGCGGAUGUAUCGGAGGAGAAGGGUGCAGACGAGCCAGGUGCGAGAAAGAUGCUCAACGUCAUUGUCAAAGCCGACUUCAGCGGUACGGUGGAAGCGGUUGUCGGGGCCAUCUCCUCCAUCGGCAACGCCGAAGCGGGGGUGAAGAUUAUCAGUGCGAUUCCUGGUGAACCUUCCGAAUCGGAUGUUUCCAAAGCCGCCGCCCUAGGCGCCACGAUCAUCGGAUUCAACGUAACCCCUCCCAAAGCAAUCCUCCAGUCGGCCGCUCGAGCCCAACCAACCCCCGUCCCCAUCAUCGCCUCGGACGUCAUCUACCGUCUGAUGGAAACCGUUUCCCAGAAAGUCGCCGAGUUGCUGCCACCCACCAAAGAGGCGAGGGUCCACGGUGAGGCCACCGUCAGCCAGAUCUUCGAGAUCAACCUCAAGGGGCGUAACUUCAAGAAGAUCGCCGGUUGCAGGGUCACCAACGGCACCAUCGCAAAGAGCAACCUCGUGAGGGUGCUGAGGGGCGACAAGCGCGACGAGGUCUACCGGGGCAAGUUGGACGAGUUCAAGCACGUGAAGAAGGACGUGACCGAGAUGAGGAAGGGCACCGAGUGCGGGAUGAGCUUUGAAGGGUGGCAGGAGUUGAAGGAGGGAGAUGUGGUGCAGAGCUUCAGCGAGGUCGAGGUUGCGAGGACGUUGUAG